GUGAUUUAAAAAAAAAAAAAAACAGAUACAACACACUUUCCCUUGUCUUCUUCGUCGUGUUCUUGACCGGGAUGAUCUACAAAGUUAACGAUGGAAUGUUUCUGCUGUAGAUGAAAUUCGUUCGGUGUGUGAAGAUGUAUUUGUGGUGAAAGGCGAAGAAUCAUCAAAGUCAGUGAAGACGGGAGUGUAGUUGUUCUUCUUCUUCUAGGGGUUUUCCAGAUUUGAAGAAAAAAAACAAACAAUGUUGUGUCGGAGAUUGGUGCUUGUGUCUCGUAUUCCUGCAACUCCUUUGCUCUCCUCAUGUGAACGAGGCUACUCUGGUCUCGGCAGCUAUAGAAAUCUGUCUUGUUACAAGGAGAGACUGAGAAGUGGGAUUGUUGGUAUCAAGAAGAAGGAUGCUGUAGCUCUGUUUCAGUCCAUGAUUAGGUCUCGUCCUCUUCCUACGGUCAUGGAUUUCAAUAAACUGUUUAGUGCAGUAGCCAGAACGAAACAGUAUGACCUUGUGUUGGAUCUCUGCAAGCAAAUGGAACUGCAAGGGAUUGCACAUAGCAUUUACACGCUGAGUAUUAUGAUCAAUUGCUUCUGCCGUCUCCAGAAACUCGGUUUUGCUUUUUCUGUGAUGGGAAAGAUGUUGAAGCUUGGGUAUGAGCCCGACACAAUCACAUUCUCAACUUUGAUCAACGGUUUAUGUCUGGUGGGUAGAGUUUCCAAAGCUGUGGAGUUAGUUGAUCGUAUGGUGGAAAUGGAGGUUAUACCAAAUCUCAUCACGCUCAACACUAUUGUCAAUGGUCUUUGUCUCCAAGGUGAAGUGUCUGAGGCAAUGGCUUUGAUCGAUCGAAUGAUUGAUAAUGGAUGCCAACCCAAUGAACGUACCUAUGGUCCGGUUUUGAACAGAAUGUGCAAGUCAGGUAACACUGCCUUGGCCUUGGAUCUGCUCAGAAAGAUGGAACACAGAAAGAUCAAGCUCGAUGCAGUCACAUACAAUUUCAUCAUUGACAGUCUUUGCAAAGAUGGGAGCCUCGAAGAUGCACUCAGCCUUUUCAAUGAAAUGGAAACCAAAGGUAUCAAACCAAAUGUCUUUAACUACAACUCUCUCAUUAGAGGCUUCUUUAGUGCUGGAAGAUGGGAUGAUGGUGCACCGUUGCUGAGGGAUAUGAUCACAAGGGGAAUCACCCCCACCGUCAUCACUUUCAAUUCUUUGAUUGAUAGUUUUGUGAAAGUGGGAAAGCUUACUGAGGCUCAAGAUUUGUACAACGAGAUGAUCACAAGAGGCACAGAUCCUGAUAUCAUUACAUAUAACUCUAUGAUAAAUGGGCUGUGCAAUGAAAAACGCUUAGGUAAAGCCAACCAGAUGCUGGAUCUGAUGGUUAGCAAGGAAUGCGAUCCUGAUAUCGUGACUUAUAAUACCCUUAUAAAUGGAUACUGUAAGGCUAAACGAGUUGAUGAAGGUAUGAGACAUUUCCGCAAAAUGUGUAUGGGAGGAGUGGUUGCCAAUACAUUCACUUAUAACACUCUCAUCCAAGGGUUUUGUCAAUCAGGAAAACUUAAUGUUGCCAAAGAACUCUUCCACGAGAUGGUCUCUCAAGGUGUUCAUCCUGAUAUUGUAACCUACAAAAUUUUGCUGGAUGGAUUGUGUGACAAUGGAGAAGUAGAAGAGGCUUUGGGAAUACUUGAUCAAAUGCACAAGAGUAACAUGGAACUUGAUAUUGGUUUAUAUACCAUCAUUAUUCACGGGAUGUGCAAUGCUAAUAAGGUCGAUGAUGCUUGGAGUUUGUUCUGUAGCCUACGUUCGAAAGGAGUGAAACCAGACGUCAAGACAUAUACUACAAUGAUUGGAGGAUUGUGUAAGAAAGGAUCGCUGUCUGAAGCGGGCAUGUUAUGUAAGAAGAUGGAAGAGGAUGGGAUUGCGCCAAAUGAUUGUACAUACAACACUCUUAUCAGGGCACAUCUCCGAGAUGGUGACUUAACAAAAUCAGCAAAACUUAUCGAAGAAAUGAAGAGGUGUGGGUUCUCUGCAAAUGCUUCAACCAUAAAGAUUGUUAUGGAUAUGUUAUCGGAUGGUAGAAUGAAGAAAAGCUUUCUGGAUAUGCUUUCUUAGAAUAUUUGGAUCUUAGUUGCUAGAGGUUAGUGUUUCGAUGAUGUGUAUCUGGGCUUACUAGUUGAAACAAAGCUUGAUUGAUGCCCCUUCAGUUUGUAGUAAUGGAAUGGCAUUAACAUGUACAAUCGUAGACCAGUCUCUACAAAGUCGUCUCCUUUUGUAUUAAUUUUCACUACCACGUCUAUUUACACAUACAAAGCCCACAAAAAUAAUAAACUAUGAUCCUUACCA